AUGGCCGAGACUAUCAAUCCUGACUACCUAGUCAUUGGCGCGGGUGCCAUGGGAAUGGCAUUCGUCGACACCCUUCUCACAGACUCCCAAAAGACCGUGGCCAUUGUCGAUCGCUAUGCUCGCCCGAGCGGGCAUUGGACCGUUGCGUACCCUUACGUGCGCCUCCACCAACCUUCCUCCUUCUAUGGAGUAAACUCCAAACAUCUCGGCCAGGACCGCAUCGACCAAGUGGGCUGGAACAAGGGCCUCAUUGAGCUCGCGUCUCGAGAUGAAGUGUGCUCUUACUAUGACACCCUCAUGAACCAAACCUUUCUCACGUCCGGACGUGUCGCCUACUACCCCAAGCACGAAUACACUGGCGGCCGGGAGUUCCGUUCCAUCUUGACCGGCAAGUCUUAUCAAGUGGGAGAGGGGACCCGCAUUGUGGAUGCCACCUACAUGAAAGUCACGGUCCCUUCGAUGCGCAAGCCUCCCUACGAAGUUGCCGAAGACGUGCAGCUCGUCACGCCCAACGACAUGCCGACAACGGAACGUCCCCAUGCCAACUACACCGUGAUAGGAGGUGGCAAGACGGGUAUCGAUGCCUGUCUCUGGCUGCUCGCCAACGACAUCGGCCCGGACCGCAUCACCUGGGUCAUGCCGCGGGACUCGUUCUACCUGGAACGCGGAAACAUUCAACCGGGGGCCCAGUUCGCCGAGAAACGCCAGGCCGGCAUGGGCGCCACUUUUGCAUCCAUCCAUGCUGCUUCAUCGGUCGAUGAAUUGCUGAAGUGUCUCGUGGCCUGCGGGCACCUGCUCCAGCUGGACGACAACGUCUGGCCUACCAUGUACCACUGCGCCACGGUUUCCCUGGCCGAGUUGGAGCAGCUGAGGAGGAUCAAGAACAUCGUCCGGAAGGGCCGCAUCCUCCGCGUCGGCCGGGAUGAGGUGCUGCUGCAGCACGGCAGCUACACGCCCGACCCCGAUUCUCUCUUCAUCGACUGCUCUGCCAACGGACUCGCGAAGCUCCCCGCAACAGCCGUCUUCCAGGACGACAAGAUCAGGCUCCAGUCCGUCCGCCAGUGCCAGCAAGUCUUCAGCGCCGCCUUCAUUGCGCACGUCGAGGCCACGUACGGCGACGACGAGACCAAGAACAAGCUCUGCCGGCCCAUCCCGCACCCGAACGAGCCCGCGGACUUUGCCCUUAUCAACUUGCAAACGUUUCUGAACGGGUUGUACUGGUACUCGCACCCGAAAACAGCGUCGUGGCUGAUGCAGUCUCGUCUGGAUCUCGCCCACCACUUACUGCCGCCUCUCCCCGAGGAUCAAAGCGAGGCGCAAGCCAUCCUCGAGGGUUUCAACAGCCGGACCGAAGCAGUGUGCGCGAGGUUGAGGGUUCUCCUCAAGGAUUCACCUCAGGGAGACGCUGCCGCGAGGUUUGAGGCACUCCUUGAAUGA